AUGUCCAGCGAUGCAAGCUCCGACACCGAGGGUUCCCCCGUGAUUGACUCUGAAUCGGACCCGGAAAGCUGGAACUGCGAUGAGGAGCAGCCAUUGGUCAACUAUACGGCCGAGGUGGAGCACAUCAUUCAGUCGAAUGUCCACGUUACGACAGCCAACGCCAUCAGACUGAACCAGGAGUACCAGCUGAAGCUAAAGCUGAUGCGCUCCAAGCUGGCAGGUAUGCUAGGCCAUUGUCGGGAACAGUUGCGCCAUAUCGACGAGAAAAUAGAAGACUGUCAAAGCCGCGCCGAACCGCCGAGGUCUGCUGGCAAACCGCGCAUCUGCGGGUACAUCUGUGGGCAGCCGUUUUUCAAAGACCACGCUCUCUACCCGGGCCCCCACAACGAGGACUAUCUGCGCCGGAAGAACGUGAUGAAAGAGUUCUUCCCCCUCGACCUGUACGAGGCAAGCGACGCGCUGUGGACGGUGAAGGAUAAGCUGAACGUGAAAAAGGCGGUCGCGGCCCAGAUGAGGGAAUUCUUGCAGCGCGAAAACGCGUUGCAGGCGAAGCGCUGCAACAACUCGACGACCGCGCAGCGCUUUCAGCGUGAACUGGACGGGCUGGGAUCGCUCACGGCCGAGCAGCUGUGGCCGAGGGUGAUCGCGUACGAUGGAAGCUACGGGGGCCAACGGUUCGUCGUAGAUUGGUUGAAAAUAUCGUACAUUCGCGUCAGCCAACGCCACACACCGGAGGCCUGCGAGGGGAUCUGGAACAACUAUUUGCGGCCCGGUUUACGGCGGAGUGCCUGGAAGCCGGACGAAGAGUCGCGGCUCAUCGAAGCGGCAACUCGGUACCGAUGCCAGGAGUGGGCCAAGAUCGCCGAGUACGUGCAGGAUCGUUCGGAGUACCAGUGUUUUGUGCACUAUCAGGCUCACUUCUCGCCGAUGGCACAGAACAAAAAGAUGCCCUGGUCCGAGGAGGAGGACCGCCGGCUCGUGGAGACGGUGGAGCGACAUCGCAUCGGGAACAACAUCAUUUGGAACAAGGUGGUCGAGAGUAUGCCGUUCCGCAACAAGAUACAGGUGUACAAUCGCUACAAGUUUACGCUUACGCGACCGAUAAAGCACAGCAAGUUCAGCGCCGAAGAGGAUUGCCUUAUCCUGGCGUAUGUGGAGCAGUACGGUACCGACUUCAAGAGCUUCCCCGAGGUAGCGUUGCUGCCCGGCCGUACCGUACGCCAAGUGUAUGCCCGCUACAAGAACACUCUGAGCUACGUUAACAAACGGGCGUCCUGGAGUUUGGCAGAGGACGAGCGACUGAUGCGUUACGUCGAGCCGUUCCUCGCCGACGGAGGCGCUCACAAGAUUUCGUGGUCGGACUGUGCCACAGCGCUCGGGAACCACUCGCGGCUCAGCUGCCGGACGCGUUACUACACGAUUGAACGGUUCCUCACCAAACACCCCAACGCCAAGCUGGAAGAUGUACCGCGCCGGGACACGAAAAAGCUAUCCUCUGCGGUGACGGACAAGAACUGGAGGCAAACGAUCUACGACAUCAGAAGCAGCAACCCUGCGGCUGGCGCACGUCAGUUUUGCGACACUUUGGCGAACAUCUCCGAGCGAAAGCUCUACGAACAGAUGAUGUUCAGUUUCCGGUACAAGUUUGGCUAUCGGCUGGAUGUGAGUUCUCGCCGGAAGCACGUCUACGCGGGGACGAAAAUGUUGCUCCAUCUGCUGGAAGGCUUCUAUCGGCAGGUGGAGUGCUCCAAAGUCGAGGCGUGCAACGUGCCGCUCAACAAGACGGAGGUGUCCACGCUGUUCACCGUCAUACAGUCCCCGCUCGAUUGGCCCCGGCUCGUGGCAACCCUGCGCUCGAAUUUGGCUCUGCGCACCACGGACCCGUUUGUCUGUCGCUUUCCACCCAGCUACAACACAGUGGUUGGGUUGCGCGGUGUGUGCCUCAAUGCGUCCUACGAACAGAACGAAGGACGAACUGAAACCAGGAACCAGGAACUGAAACGAAUGCGCGCGCCGGAUAAGCAACUUUUCGAUGAGUCGAUUGCACGCUUCGAAGAGCGGUUUCGUAUGAUUUUCCACUGGACAAUACUGCUGACCAUGCUCAACAUCGACGAUGUGGUACUUCAACAGCCGGCCGAACCACGGGAAGCAACCGGCGAUCCGGCAGCAGCGGACAGUGAUACGGAUUGGGAUUUGGACGAUGAGUUACUCAACCAGCAGGGUCUGGUGGCAGUAGUGUUUGGUGACGGCGAAGCAAGUCUUCUUGGUGCCAACCGUGAGCAGCAUGCUUUCGGUCAUGAGCCGACGCUUUCUGCUCACCAUCUGCAACCGUUGACGCUUGAAAGGUACAUGCGAGCACCCGAAGCCACAGCGGUGGUACCAGUGAACGAGUCAGGAAACCCCGGCAGUCUCGGCAACGCCAUGCAAAACAUUACAAUAAUCGAUCCAAAGGACAUGCCGGCGGCGGUGGUAGAGAACACCGCUCCGAGUGUUACUAAAGCAAACAAGCGCCCUGGACGACCGAAGAAAUCGUCCGAGUCAUCGAAAAAGGUAAACAACCGGAACGUGGCCAAGCAAACCGCCAGCAUGCUGACGGCGGCUCCGGAAAUCAAAGGUUCCACAAAAGAGAAAUGUAUAGCAAGCAAGCGCCCCGAGGCAGCUGAGGUGAUCGAGUUACCAUCGCCUGCGGUUACCCUGGCAACGACCCAAAAGAAGGCGCGCAAACCAAGACAAUCGAAGCCACCUAGACACCAAGAGCAGGAGCAGUCUUUGUCGUUAGACCAGCCACUGACGGCAUCCAUAACUCCUUGCGCGCCACCAACCGUCGUCGGCAGUGUGGUGGACUCCGAAUGGGUACCCGCGAACGUUUGCCAGAACGGGGCGAAUGGCCUUAGUGUGGGACUGUGUAGAACGGUCGAAACAGUCGACGCGCUUCCUGCACUCCAAGAUCGACGGGUUGACCGACAGGAAGUGCAGAGGCUCCAAACUGACCAUGACGAACAAAUCGUCUCUGUGCAGCAGGAUGAGGAGCCGCCACAGGGGACAGAACAGAACGUGCAACAAAACGUUGACUCCGACGAGGGUUCCACGUCCCCAGACAGCGAUUACGACGAUCUUAUGACGCAGGUGGACGAAUCUUUCACUGCUGUGGACAUAAUCCGCCUGUUAAGUGCCCGGCAGCAGGCGAAAGAAACCGAUUCGGAAACCGACGAAGCCGACGAGACGAGACAAUAAAAACUUGGCGUUUACCGUCGCUACAGUUUCUUAUUAUUCACACGCGCCCCAUACUCUGCUUGCACAGAGAGUGCAGGCUGAGAAGAUUAUAUAAUAAGAGGUUAAUGUUUAAUGAAUGGAUUAAAAAAAUAUGAAACCCU